AUGGAAGAUAAAUCAAAUUCAUUCUCCAGCAACAAAGACGAAAAAACGGAUGGGAAUAAUGUAUUCCAGAGGCAAGACUCGAUACAGAAGAAUAACAUGGGAAGCCAGAAUGUGAAAGAGCACAGCAACUCUGUUGGCUUCAAGGGUGAUCGGGAAGAAGCCAUGGUUGGUUUCGACGAUCUUGAUGGGGCAUCACGGCAAUACGGCUUUAUGCAGCGGCAAUUCGGGGCAAUGAUGCAGCCCGGUGUCAAUAAGUUCUCCCUGCGAAUGUUCGGCAGUCAGAAAGCAGUGGAGAAAGAACAAGAAAGGGUUCAAACGGCAGGAUACUGGAUCAUUCACCCAUAUAGCGAUUUUAGGUUUUACUGGGACUUGAUAAUGCUCAUCAUGAUGAUGGGGAAUCUAAUCAUCAUUCCUGUUGGAAUAACCUUCUUUUCGGAGCAAACCACCACCACCUGGUUAGUGUUCAACGUAGCCUCGGACACCAUCUUCCUGGUGGACCUGGUCAUGAACUUCAGAACAGGGAUUGUCAAUGAAGAGAGCUCUGAGAUCAUCCUGGACCCAAAGGUGAUCAAGAUGAACUAUCUGAAGAGCUGGUUUGUGGUCGACUUCCUCUCGUCCAUACCAGUGGAUUAUAUCUUUCUAAUAGUGGAGAAAGGUUUUGACUCCGAAGUGUACAAGACUGCCCGAGCGCUUCGCAUUGUGAGGUUUACUAAAAUCCUUAGUCUUCUGCGUCUUUUGAGGCUUUCUCGACUAAUCAGAUACAUUCACCAGUGGGAAGAGAUUUUUCAUAUGACGUACGACUUGGCCAGUGCUGUGGUAAGAAUAUUUAAUCUCAUUGGAAUGAUGCUACUUCUUUGCCACUGGGACGGUUGUCUCCAGUUCCUGGUACCACUUCUUCAAGAUUUUCCUCCAGAUUGCUGGGUGUCGCUAAACGGUAUGGUUAACGACUCCUGGGGUAAGCAGUACUCCUACGCCCUCUUCAAAGCCAUGAGCCACAUGCUGUGCAUCGGGUACGGAGCCCGCGCGCCCGUCAGCAUGUCCGACCUGUGGAUCACCAUGCUGAGCAUGAUUGUGGGAGCCACCUGCUACGCCAUGUUCGUGGGCCACGCCACGGCCCUCAUCCAAUCACUGGACUCCUCUCGGAGGCAGUACCAAGAAAAGUACAAGCAAGUGGAGCAAUACAUGUCCUUUCAUAAGCUCCCAGCAGACAUGCGACAGAAGAUUCACGAUUACUAUGAGCACCGUUACCAGGGCAAGAUAUUUGAUGAAGACAACAUCUUGAGUGAGCUGAAUGAUCCAUUGAAAGAGGAGAUUGUAAACUUCAACUGCCGGAAGCUUGUGGCCACGAUGCCACUGUUCGCCAACGCUGACCCCAACUUUGUAACUGGCAUGCUGAGCAAGCUGAAGUUUGAGGUGUUCCAGCCCAAUGACUACAUCAUCCGCGAGGGAACUGUUGGGAAGAAGAUGUAUUUCAUUCAGCAUGGUGUUGCAAGCGUCAUCACCAAGCUGAACAAGGAAAUGAAGCUGACUGAUGGAUCUUAUUUUGGAGAAAUAUGUCUGCUAACGAAAGGCCGUCGCACAGCCAGCGUCCGGGCCGACACCUACUGCCGCCUCUUCUCCCUGUCCGUCGACCAUUUCAACGAGGUGCUGGAGGAGUACCCAAUGAUGCGACGCGCCUUCGAGACCGUGGCCAUCGACCGGCUUGACCGCAUUGGGAAGAAGAACUCAUUGCUGCUGCAGAAGUUCCAGAAGGACCUGAAUGCCGGAGUGUUCAACACGCAGGAAAACGAGAUAUUGAAGCAGAUUAUCCGUCAGGACAGGGAGAUGGUGAUGAUGGUGGACCGCAAGCAGUCGGUCACGGGGAUGAACUCCACCCCGAUCUCUGGAAACUCCAUCAUUAACUCCCCGGCCCAGCCACCGUACGCCGCCACCCUCGGAAACAACCAGCUCCAGCAGUCCGCCCCGUUGACCUACAGCACCUCGGCCAACAUCGCCCAAGUGUCCCGCGUCAUCCCCGCCUCGGCCCAGGCCGCCUUCGCCGCCCCCAGCGUUCCCCACGGCAACGUCAACUCCCCGUCCCCCAACCCUCAGCAGCAGCAGGGAGCCAUCAUGUCGCCGUGCUCCUUCACGGCGGCCGUGUGCAGCCCCCCGGUGCAGACCCCGCUGACGGGCCGCACCUUCCAGUACGGCUCGCCCACCGCCUCUCAGCUGUCCCUCGCCCAGCAGCCGCUGGCCCCGCCCCCGUCGCAGCUGCCUGCGCAGCCGCCAGCGCAGCAGCAGGCCCCGCAGCAGCCACAGCCGCAGCCAGCGGGGUCCCCCCAGAGGAGCGACAUCCACAAGAGCGCUCAGGCCCUGCAUUCGGGCAGCCUGAGCCGAGACGUGCGCCAUCUCUCCGCCUCCCAGCCCUCGCUGCCCCACGAGACGUCGCUGGUGUCCAGGCCGCACCCCACGUCCGGCGAAUCCCUGGCCUCCAUACCCCCGCCGGUGGCCGCAGCGCAGGCCGCAGGAGUCCAGCAGAGCGGGAUCAGAGCCAACGUCCCGCAGCGGGUCAGCCUGUUCCGGCAGAUGUCGUCCGGAGCCCUGCCACCGGUCCGCGCAGCGCCCCCCGCUGUCCAGCACAGGGAUUCAACGGGCUCCAGAAGAGAGUCCACAGUCUUAAGCAGUACAGAGACCGAGCAAGACAAGAUGCGGUUCGCAUCGAAUUUAUGAUCCCGUUUUCCUUUUUUUAAUUUUAUGUUUUAAUUCAUUUUUAUGGAGAUGCAACAAAGAAGUGAAAUUGAAAAAAAGAAAAAAAUGACUUGAAUAUUUUUUCUCCAAUUUCUUUGGGGAAAAAAAUGACCCAGUAGAUAUCCUGUACAGACGUGCCCUUGUAUUAUAUUUUAGACACAUUUCCCUUCAACUUAAGAAUGUAUAUUAUAAAAAUAUAGAAGUGUAAAUCCAACUAGAAUAUUUGGCAUUGACUAUUUAAAACUACAGUAUAAACACUAGUCUUCCUCUGAAAUAUAUGAUGAAUAUUUUUUUUGGUUUGUUUGUCUUUUUGUUUUUGUAACUGGAAUGCAACAUGAAUCCUAACCUUGACUUUUGGAAAUGUAUCUCUUUUUUUGUGUGGAUCUAAGAGAAGCAGAAGAAAAGAAAGCAAACAACUCCUCAAGUGCAUCAGUUUUCUCAUCACUGUGGAAACAAUAAGCAACCUAGUGGAAACUGUCAAAAGCACAUGGAAUAAUACACUUAUACUCUGUGAAUUUGAGAACCUCACUUUAUCAUUCAAAUCACUGCAGAUUAAAACAAGGUGAAUGGUAAAUAACUUCCUGCAAUACUUCUUGUCAAGGGGAUGCCCUCAGUUACUGGUCCACCAAGACCAUGGCAGUGUUAUGGGUCCAAAGGGAAUUAAUUAUUUGCUGCUUUUUUGAUUCUAAAAUGAUGGUUUGGGAUGACAAAGUAGAAUGGAUGAUGCUCUUUUUUCUAUUCCUUAUUUCAGAAAAGGAUGGACACUAUGAAAUGUUACUUAAUAAAUAUGUGUACAUUUAUAAUAUUUAUAAACUUACAAAAUAUCCCCAUUAUGCAAUAGACUGUGAUAUAAAAAUUAUCUAUGUGUGUAUGUAAAUAGUUUUGUAGAUCUAGUAUUUACGGAUCCUGUGUGUUGCAUUCUCAAUCAUGACAAUGUCUUAUUUCUAACAGGAACAUGGUAUCAUCUGUAUAUAAAUAUAAGUAAACUGUAGAAUGAAACCCAAAUAAAAAAAAUGCUCAAAAUAAUUAGAGAUAUGCAAACCUUAAUGCAAUUGCUAGCAUUAAAAAAAAAAAUAGAAGCAUGCAAAUUCAUGUUCUUGUAAAAACCAAAAAUGUAUAAUAUUUUGGUUUAAUCAAUGUAAGGCCCACUGUGGAAAAUGUUUUGUCUGAUAAAAAUAUAUAUUUGGGGGAUUCAAAGUGAAGUAGUUUCAAACUAAUUGGACAUCAAACCAUUGGACAUCAGAUAAAUUAUAACAGACAAAGAAAGUCACAUUAAAACAAAUAAAAAAUUCUAAAUACAGUUAAAUGACAGUUAUGCCAAUGUUAUUUUUAUGUUGUACAACAUUUUAGACUGUAUGAAAUUAUGACCAUUUUAUAAUCAUUUAUAAUAAUCAGUAUACAUCCAUAAAUCCAGGUUUAAAUCCAUUGGAAUUCUGAAAAUUGCUGUUAUCUGCAUUUACGCAUCACCCUGCACUCAGUAUAAUUUUUAAGGUAUUUGUCUGAAAAAUCUAAUCUUUUCAAUUUGAUCGUAUGAAUUCAAGGCAUCUCAAAAAGCAAAACAAAAAAAGAAUUCCCCAAAGUUUCAUUUAAAAAAGAAAAUGUGAUUCUGUCAUUUACAGGGAUGUUUCCUCCGUCCCUUCAAACAGAGAAAAUUGUAGUGAUACAUAAGAAAAAUAAUUAACCAAAAUACAGUUUACAUUUAAGUCACCACAGGGGCAAACACAGCUGGCUUGCAUUAAGGUUUCUAUCUCUCACAUGUGCAUCCAUCGUACAGUAUGAGUGUCUAUAUACACCGAGCCGACAUGGUCCAAUGGGUCUAUCAUGUUGGCAAAAUCAUGGGGUCAGUUUGACAUAGGCAGCCUUUAGCUAAAUCAUUUUGUUAGGGUGCAUAUAAACCCAUUUACAUUGAAUGUAUUUGUUCAUCAGUAGCUAGCCUGUUUACCCAAGACAUCAAGAACCACAAUUAAGUGACCAGACCUCUACGAUUAGUUUCAAGGUUAGUUAAAAACUUUAGCUUUAAAUAUAAAUGUAGGUUUUGAUCUUUAAAAUACAGUGGGUGACUACAAAUGCAUAUUAUGCAUAUACUUUUUUAGUUUUCUUUUAGUUUACAUAUCAUCAUUUUUUAAAAAUAAAAUAGUCAAUUCUACUAUCUUCAUCAGCCUUUAGUAAAUCUGUUUAUCUAUAUCUAUCUAUCUAUAUAUAUAUAUAUAUAUAUAUAUAUAUAUAUAUAUAAUCACCGGAUAUAGCUGUAUUUAACAUCCCAGUGAACUUAUUCUGCAGGUAACACAUAUUUGUACAAAAUUGUAUUUGUGCAAUAGCCAUAUAUAUAUAUAUAUAUAUAUAUAUAUAUAUAUAAUAUUUAUGAAUGCUUCAGAAAUUUCUUGAUAUUUCCUUCCAGAUAUUUCUUGAUUGUCUGUUCAGGGUAAACUAUGCUGUGACAUGAUAUUCUGUUCAAGACUUCCCAAGAUUCAUGUAUAAGUUUACUAUUUUUCCUUGCUGCAUUGUGACCUGAUCAGCUCGGUGUUUCUAGGCCCUUAGAAGCAGUUUUAGCAUUUCGUCAAACAGUUCAUUUCAAUAAUGAAACUCUGCAUCCGUCUAUGUAUGUCAUCAAAGCAUGCAUUUGUCACAAAUACCUAAAAAGACCUAAAAGAUACUAUUUAAAAUGUUGACGUUAAUUGUAUCGUGGGAUUAUAUUUUGUUCAUUGUCUGCCUAGAUGUUAUCUGUGUGUAUCUGAAGCAUCAAAAAUUCACAAAGGACAUUCUUAAGUAUUUGUGCCUAAACUAUAGCCAUGUUUCAUCCUUUUUGUUAUGAGUGUAAGUUACAGUAUAUGCAUACAUGCACAUGCGCACACACAUACAUAUGUUCAGUGUUUCAAUAUUUUAGAGAUAAUAGAAAUCAAGAAGGCCAAAUGUACCAGAUUGUUAGUAAUUGGAUAUUGUUAUGAAUCUUUGAACGUCACGUGAAACAUUAUGUACGGUAAAAGAUUCUAUAAUCCUCCAUUUAGCUUAAGAAAAUUUGAGUAUGAAAUUAUCUCUGUAAAUCUGGGAAGCCAUCUUACAGAUGGGGCAUUGUAGUCAUUUUGAGCACCUUUAUACGAUUAUAAAUAGCAACUUAUGUUUGGUUGAAAAUGAUGGUAUGUGGAAUGAAACUGGCCAAAGGAAAACAUAAGUAACUUUGUUUGAAAUUGCACUUUCUCACAGAAAAGCAGAUCCAUUAUCUGCAUUUAUUUUACGAUCAUUAGGCUAUUAGAGAGAUGUAUAGUAUCAAAUAUUCCUGAUCUUGUGUAUUGAGGGUGGGAGCAAUGUUUUGAUUCCAACAGCGAGCUCUUAUUUGUGCUAUGCCAUAGUGUAAAAGAAAUAGUACAAAGUUGGACAGCAAUACUGUUUGUAUAUGCUGUUUUGAUAUUUGCCUUCCAAAGGGAAUAUUUCCCAGAUAUGUGCUUUUUUCACUAUUUUGACCACAGCAAGUGUUCUGUAAUGGGCAUUAUGUGAAAAUUCAUGAUCAACUAGGAAAAAGCAGACAUUUAAUUAUAAAUGAAAUAUUCAAUAAACCAGCACGUAUAUUUCUAUGUUUUUUUUUAAUUAUUAUUUUUGAAAAUGUAUACGGAACAAUGGCAGUGCUCAGAAAAUGAAACCGAAACUUAGGUUUACAACCUCUACAAUGCAGGUAAAAAUGUAAUAAAUUAAAUGUUUACCGAUAUGUGCAUAGUAGAGUGAGAGAGAGAGAGAGAGAGAGAGAGAGAGAGAGAGCGAGAGAGAGAUCAGUUAAAGUCACAUACUCGUUUUAGACCCGCUGACAUGAUUAUUGCUGUGCUCAUUCUUGUAAACCAAGGCUUGGUAUAUGAACAAUGGAUACUUGAUACUGGCUGAGGAAAGAUUAAUGUAUUCUUUCUUAAAACUAUAUGCAGGCAAACGGUGUUUGUCAAAAAAAACUUUCUUUUGAUUACUUUUUGUUUUAUUUUGUUUGUUUGUAAAUAAGAAAUCUUUAAAAUAUAGAGAAAAAUAAAAGAAAUAUUGUCAUUUA